UCCAUGGCGGCUUGAGCGAGAGGAAUGGGGGAGGAGGAGGGGGAGGAGAAGAGAGAGAAGGGAGUGGAUUACGAUGCGUCGUUGUUGAUGUCGGCGUGGAAGAUCCCGGUGGACUACAAGGUGUAUAAGGGGCGGUUGGGCGGCGAUCUGACUGUUAACGAUGCGUAUGGGAACCUGGUUUACCGGGUCUCCGGCCGCUCUUUCAGCUCCUCUCCGCGCUCCAUUAAGACCCUCUUUGAUGCCUCUGGCACUCCGUUGAUCUCCGCUGCUUUCCUAGAUAGUGGGUGGCAAGGCUUCAAAGGAAAUAGUUGGGACUCAAAAGACUUAGUUUUUACAGCGCAAAAAUCUGUAUACUCUGCAUUCAAAACUGAGAUUAUCAUUUCCAUGGCUGAUGGAAGUGUUGAAGAUCCUAAAUUGACAUACAGACUAAUCGGCAGCCCAUUUUUUAGAUCAUGCACAAUUUAUCAGGAAAAUUCCAUUGUAGCUCAGACUAACCUUCUGUACAAGCUCAAGAAGGUGAUCUAUUCACGGCAGAAAUUUCGACUCACAGUUUAUCCUGAAGUGGAUCAUGUUCUUGUCCUUGCUAUGCUUAUAAUAUUUUUUGGAGGAUACUGAAAACUUCGAGCAUUAUGAAUUGUUCCGGCACUUGUAAAUCAACACGCAGACCCGACGAGCCUCAUCUUUUUCGUCGGUAAUUACUAUGAGCUCUGGAAAUAGCAAUGUACCAGUUUGGGAUGAAUGUUGUGUAAAAUUAUUUUGUACAUCCAUUGCUGUGUAUCAGUUGUUUCUUUUUUAUUAUUAUUUGUAACACAUAAACCACGGAUUAAUUGAGAUUAUAAUGUUUCAAGAUCCAAAACAAUGAUAAUUAUGUUAACAUUAUAAAAUAAAAUUCAUGAAUAAUAUA